AUGACUGGAAUUGACUUCACCGUCUUCAAAGGCUCCUCCAGCGGAAAGAUAAUCCAGUCCAAAAGCCACAAGGAAAGCAUCAAACCAGAUGAGGUGCUACUCAGAAUCACCCAUGCUGGUGUGUGCGGUACAGACCAGCAUCACAAGACAUCGGACAUGGUCCUCGGCCAUGAAGGUGUCGGCGUCGUUCAGCAGAUCGGAUCGCAAGUCACCUCGUUCAAAGUGGGCGAUCGCGCUGGCUGGGGGUAUCUCCACGAUUCAUGUGGGCACUGUGAUGAAUGUCUCAAUUCAAACGAGAUGUUUUGCCCAGAAGGAGCCAUGUACGCAACGUCCAACACUGACCAAGGUGCAUUCGCGUCCCAUGCGGUGUGGAAGGCGGCGUUCCUCUUCCAUAUUCCCGACGCUAUCACUUCCUCUGACGCGGCACCUUUGAUGUGUGCCGGAGCAACGGUAUUCAAUGCGAUGUAUUUGUACAAUGUCCGAUCUACAGACCGAGUGGCAGUCGUAGGCGUCGGUGGUCUUGGUCACCUUGCCAUCCAAUUUGCAGCUAAAAUGGGAUGCGAGGUAGUGGUGUUCUCCGGAACUGAAAGUAAGAAGGAAGAGGCGAAGAGUUUAGGUGCAAGUGAGUUCUACGCUACGAGAGGUAGCAGCAAGCUGGAAAUUGGGAGGCCGAUUAAGCAUCUAUUCGUGACUACUUCGCAAAUCCCUGAUUGGAAUCUGUUCUUCCCAAUUCUGGCGCCCAACGCCACCAUAUACCCUAUUACUCUAUCUCCGGGGAACUUGACCGUGCCCCACAUACCUCUCUUGUCAAAAGGGUUAACAAUUCAAGGAAGCUUUUGUGCCUCGCGUGGUGUCCACGUCAAGAUGCUGAGAUUUGCAGCUGUCCACGGCAUCAAACCCAUCACUCAAGAGUUCCCGCUAACGGCUGAGGGUAUUGACGAAGCUAUGGCUAAGCUCGAUAAAGGAGAGAUCAGAUACCGAGCAGUAUUGGUGGCUAGGAAAUAG